AACGUGCAUGCGACGAAACCGACUGAGAGCUCAACACCCCUGAGCGAAAGCAACGGAGAGGAACCCUCUGAACGACAGAACGUUCCCAAGGCAGAAAUAAGCCCCGAAGGCUCUAGCACAGUUGUGCCGUCCACCGAUGCUGAGCAAGCAGGAGUAUCGACCACAGCUGCUUCAUCAAGUGAUCACAGCACCCAAGAAGCCGCCACGACGCUCCUAGCUAUAUCUGAGCAAACUACGACUGCAACCUCGACGCAUCCAGGAGCUUCUGUGACAGAACAAACAGGCGAGGAGACAACAUCACAAACCGAAAGGACUACGACGUCUUCAGGUAAAGGAAGCGGAGAAGAAGAAGUCACUAGUGCAGCUCCGAAAUUAGAUUCGAGCACAGAUGAGACGAGGUCUCCCGUGCCGGGACUGAUAGUUUCUGUACAACGGACUACGGAAGUGCCAGAAGGUACUGGAAGUGUGCCUUCAUCUCACACUUCGUCCUCAAGCACUCCUUCUACACCCUCGGAAGGCAGCGAACAAACAACAGUGGAAAAAACCUAUGAGAGCACUACGGUGAUACCAAUCGAAGCAAAAGAACAACCUGCACUCGAAGGUCAGCCAGAACGGGGAGCAAGCACGCCAUCAAGUGAAUCCUCAAAAACGACUUCUCAUCCCCCAGGGUCUGCUCCUGACGAGGGAAUACUGGUUCCGAGCACAAUCGAAGGUGGUGAAGAUAGCGUCGGCAAAUCACCCAUUGUGGAAUCAAGCAUUGAUGAUGGCAAGACUACAGAACCAUCGGAAGAAUCAAGCAGAACAACUUCUGAGACUCAAUCAUCUGAGCCAUCUUCCACGACGCCUACCACAACCGAGACCCUCAGUGGAGUGCAUGUGGUACCGUUGCUGGUGGUAAGUCCUAAGGAGAAAAGUGAUGAACGGCAUACAACUCCAGAAACUGCAGAGACAGCACACCCCUCUACGCCAUCUGAGCCAUUAGAGUUUAUCACGGAGAGUCCUGGUGGAAAAGCCAGUGCUGAAUCUGGUAGCACAGGACACGCCUCUACACCAUCUGAGCCGCUAGAAUUUCUCACGGAUAGACCCGAUGGAAAAACCAGUACCGAAUCUGCUAGCUCGGCACAUCCCUCUACACCAUCUGAGCCAUUAGAGUUU